AUGACGUCGAUUGAGACGUCUGUAACACGUGCUACAGCCACUAAUCUACCAACGUCCUCCCACUGGGAGAAAGAGUUCUUCACGACUUGGUUGCGACUUAUGGAACGUCAAAAGGACGAAACGGAUCUCACUCAGGCCCUUCAAAGUUUAUUAACACAAGAUGGAGAUGCUAUUAUUAAAUUACAAGAUGCCAAACAUCAUGCUAACAUGAUGAGCGCCAAUGACAAGACAAUGACGGAAUUGAUGGCGCAACUUCACGAAUUUUUCUUCCGUGAUAUUGUUCCAGCACUAAAAAAAAUGAGAAAGGAUGAGAACACAAGUACAGUAUCUUUGCAACGACAAGAAGAUCCUUUGGAUCGAUAUUUAGAGCACGGAGAUGACGGGACAGCAAUGUCUCAAGCUUUUGUGGAUAAUAUGAGUGGUUGGGCGGUACCAGUUGAGUCUGGUAGACAGGAAAAAAUGAAGAAGAAAGUCCAUGAGAAGAAAAAGAAAAAGAAGAUGAAAAACGUCAAGGUUGUCUCAUAUGUUUCAUCACAAGUCGGGGAAGAAGAAGUCAUUGCUGAGCUUGAGAACGACGAGGAUUCGGAUGAUGAGAUCUCAAGUGAUAUGUUUCACGACAUGUUGAUUGCCAAUAGUCUCAAACUGACUGCAAUGCAAGCUCCAGACUAUUCAACAAUGACACCUGGGCAUGUUUCUCAGCAGCGAGCCGCAGCGGUGCCUAAGACGAUGGUGUCUCAGGGCAGUACAGCCGGAAAUAGGGCAAGCGCACAUUCACCCACUGCUGCUGCUGUUGCUGGUAGAUUAAGGACCCGUUCAUCGACUUCUGCUAGCCCAAAAGCGAUAGUCGACAAAGGAAAGGUGAAGAAGGCCCUCAAGUGUGUGCCUUCGCCAGCCAGGAUUUGCCUUUCUUCUCGAUCGAGAUCCGUCUCCGGAUCGACGCCAGGAAGUCAAAUGCAUAGUCCGUCCGAUCCAGCCAACAAAAAGAAAAGUCGUAUUGGUAAAAUUGCUGCAGCCAGCCUGGUCGCCGAUCAAGUCUUGGAUGUGCGUACAUAUGGAACAACAAAGGAAUACCUCAUUCGUUGGCAAAAUAGGUCCACACCACUAUGGAUUUCGCGCCGCAAAUCUCCGCCUCAAGCAAAAGAAUUGAUCGAUGCGUACGCUGCAACGUUGCGUAAACGAAAUAGCACAUCAGAAUCUCAGGAAAAUGCUCGGGGUGGUAGUCCUGCUAAAAGAAAGAAAAGCGCAAGACAUGGAGCAAAGGUGCAAAUGGGGGGCGGCCCUGGAGCUAACGAGACAAAGUUUUACACUGUCGAUCACAUUGUUAAUCAUCGCACGCGUUACAAUAAACGACAAUACCUUGUCCGGUGGGAGAACUACUCCGAGAGCUCAGAUACGUGGGAGAAUGCCAACAAGUUGCGCAUUGAUGUACCUGAUAUCGUUGAGGCCUACGAAGAGAAACUUCAGUGUGAUGAUACUCAGACUGACGCUGAUCACUUGGCCAAGAUAGUUGAUGACACUAUGGUGGGAUCAAAACGAAAGUCCACAACAACCAAAAGGCGAAUUGGCAAUGAGGAUGUUGCAGACAAGGGCACGCUUAAUAUCGACUUAGAAGAGGCGGAGCUGGACGAAGAAUGGAGUGACGGAGAGUCUUUGGACAAUUAA